AUUCACUGGAUGCCUGGAGGCAAUUUAGUCGCGUGGAGUCUGUGAGUGAGGAGAGUUUUGUGUGGUCAGAAGUAUUUCCAGAAAAUUGGUGGAAAAAAUGGGGGAAUAUUCCACGGAGAUGAGUUUCCUGGAGAGUGUGACUGAGAGGCAUGGAGUGGUUUUUGGUGAGGAGAGUACCUUGAGGUUUGGAAUUUGGGAUUAUGGGCUGUUUAUUGCUAUGCUGGGACUUUCUGCACUCAUUGGGAUCUACUUUGGUUUUCUCAACAAGAAGAAGCAGGACAAUACGGAAGAGUAUCUUCUGGGUGGGAAGAAAAUGAGUAUUUUUCCAGUUUCUUGUUCCCUGAUUGCUAGUCACAUUUCCGGAUCGACAAUAUUGGGAGUUCCUACACAAAUCUAUGCCUACGGGAGUCAGUAUUCGAUGUUUAUUGUCUGUGCUUUAGCUACUCAACUCUCCAUCAUCUAUAUCUUCCUGCCUGUUUUUCAUGAGCUCCAGAUGACUUCCUGUUUCUCUUAUCUGGAGAGGAGAUUCGAUCGGAAAGUUCGGCUUGUGGCUAGUUUUAUGUUUGCUCUCAAUGUCAUGCUAUUUGUCCCGGCUGUUAUCUAUGUCCCAGCUCUGGCCUUCAAUCAGGUUACAGGGAUCAAUCUUCAUCUGGUAACUCCCAUUAUCUGCUCAAUUUGCAUCUUCUACACAACUGUCGGAGGUUUAAAAGCUGUGGUCUACACAGAUGCCCUACAGUUCAUCCUGAUGGUCGGUGCUACUCUUGUGGUGAUGUUUCUGGGAGUGGGAUUGACAGGAGGAUUUUCUGGGGUGUGGGAAUCUGCUGAACGAGGCGGAAGACUCAUAUUCUUCAAUAUGGAUCCAAAUCCAAGGCUCGGCAUUUCCUUCUGGACAGUCACCAUGGGAAUGACUGUGGCUUGGGUUUCUCUUCUGGGAGUCACUCAGAGCAGUAUCCAGAGAUUCCUAUCAGUACCUGACAUGAAGAGAGCCACAAAAUCCGUGUGGAUCUUCACAGGUGGCAUGAUCUUCAUCAAAACUUGCUGCAUCUUUGUGGGAUUGAUCAUCUAUGCCAAAUACGAGACCUGUGAUCCCUAUUCCAUGGGCGUUGUUUCGAAAUUAGAUCAAAUUCUUCCGUACUUUAUCAUGGAUGUUGGAAAAUCCAUUCCUGGACUUCCUGGACUCUUCAUAGCUGGCAUCUUUUCAGCUGCUCUCUCCUCAAUGUCCAGCUCACUCAAUACACUGGCUGGGACAAUUUAUGAAGAUUUUCUGCGACACAGAUUCCCAAAGGCCUCAGAGAAACAAGCCAGUUCCACAAUGAAGAUCAUCGUGGUGAUUUUAGGCGCAAUUCAGCUGGCGUGCGUCUUUGUCGUGGAACGAAUGGGAACGGUUUUCUACCUUACUUUGGCUCUCAAUGGCGUAACUUCAGGCGCUUUGCUGGGCAUCUUUUCCAUGGGAAUGUUGCUAAGGAAAGCUAAUACUAAGGGAGUUAUUGCAGGAACUCUUUUGUCCAUUUCUAUUGUAUCAACAAUUAUGAUUGGGGCUCAAUUUGCCCAGAGACCUGCCCCACUUCCAUUGAGAGUAGACGGAUGUGCUGGGUUAAAUUCAACAAUUCCCGCUACUGAGACACCAAUUGUGGUAGAAGAUGAUCUUCCUGGAAUAUUCCUGAUAAGCCCCAUGUACUAUCCACUACUUGGCUUUGUCAUAAUCAUUGUUGUGGGCUACACUAUUAGCAUACUUUCGGGUGGGUGUGAUCUCAUGGAUGAGCGACUUUUGUGCCAAUUUGCGCGAAGCCGGGAAUUCCGGGAGAGACAGAAGAGGAAGGCAGAGGAAGCACAGUACGCAAAAAUUGGCCAAGCACUAAAAGAUCUCGAGGCAAAUGGAAAAAUCUAAUUAAUCCCAUAUUGUUCAAUUUGGCUCAAAAAAAAAUCGCGACACAAAAGCCCAUCUCAAUGAGGGUGAUAACAGAGGCCGCAGAAAAAAAAGAAUAUCAGACGUUUUGUCGCACUAUUUGCUUUUUAGCUGAGAAGUGCGCGAAUUUCAGAAGCGUGAUAUCAUUUUAUCAGUAUUUCUACCAUACAUCUCGCAAUCAUUGCUAAAGCACCUUCUUUCCUGGAAAAAAAAAAUCCUAAGACAUUUUUAGUACAAUUAAUGAUGUAGAUGAACAGCAUAGUGGACUGUUGUUGAGCUAUAGAACAUGUUUUAAAAUAAAAUGAUGACGAAAGUG